AUGGUUUCUGCAGGGGACAGGCAUACAGUGCUUCUGCGCAGUGAUGGACGCGCAAUUGCCUGCGGACGCAAUGAUGAGGGACAAUGCGACAUUCCGCCUUUGGAUGAGGGUGUGACAUACACCCAGGUCUCUGCCGGUUCUUCUCACACAGUGCUUCUCCGAAGUGAUGGCCGUGCCGUUGCUUGUGGACAUACAGGUUCUGGAGAAUGCGACAUUCCACCGUUGGAUGAGGGUGUGACAUACACCCAGGUUUCCGCGGGUGGCGCUGGUCAUACAGCCCUCCUCCGAAGUGAUGGCCGUGUCGUUCUCACAGGAAAACCUUCGGCUGCCCUGGAUGAAGGCCGGACAUACACCCAGAUUUCGGCAGCAGGAGGUCAUGUAGUGCUUCUCCGAAGUGAUGGGCGUGCUGUUGAUUGCCUGCCUAAUGGCUCGCGACCAUGUGUCCCACUUUGCCAAAUUCCGCCUUUGGAAGAGGGUGUGACAUACACCCAGGUUUCCACAGGUGGACGUCAUCUAGUAGUGCUUCUCCGAAGUGAUGGCCGUGCUGUUGCUUGCGGACAUGAUGCUACUGGACAAUUGCACAUUCCACCAUUGGAUGAGGGUCUGAUGUACACCGAGGUUUCCACAGGCGCAGGUCAUAAAGUGCUUCUGCGAAGUGACGGCCGGGCUGUUGCGUGUGGCAGGAAUUCUUGGGGACAAUGCAACAUUCCGCCUUUGGAAGCGGGUGUGACAUACACGCAGGUUUCCGCAGGUGGUGAUCACACAGUGCUUCUCCGAAGUGAUGGCCGUGUUGUUGCUUGCGGAAGCAAUCGUUCUGGACAGCUUAAUAUUCCAUCUUUGGCAUCUUGGCGUGAUUGGUUGUGGUUUCCAAGCCUCCGCUACAUUUCCGACUCGAAGGCGAGUGGUACAAAGCAAGAUCGCAUUCUGCAAGUCAGCUUUCUACAAGAAGGUGAUGCCAUCAUUCUGAUAUGCUUUGGGCUGGAUGGACUCGAAGCGUUGCGACUGAGGACUGCAGGGUCUGACCGUGCUAUGGAGACCUAG